CCUUGCCGAGGGAGGACGUGGUGGUGGAGAAGCAUUCAGCGGGAAAGGCCGCCGGGAAGGCUGGACGCAACGUGAGCAACGGGCACAUAUGCCACCCGGGAACGCGCGAACACGUGCCCGAACGUGAGGCGACCGACAUGGAAGACCUCUCCAAGAUGCGCUGGAUUGCUGGGCUGCUGGUCAUCCUGGCUAUCGGACACGGCCGGGCGGAGCUGCUCCUGCGUGACCCUCUGCUUGCGGGCGACUGGGACGACGCGCGCUGCGACCGCCUCGCCGAGGACGUGGCGGACGCCGACCAGAACACCGUGGUGGACAACCCGCCCAAGAUGGCCGCCAAGUGGGUCUCCGAAGGGUGCGAGGUGCGGCCCGGCCCGGAGUUCCUGCUGCGCUCCUACACCUUCCACCGCAACGGCACGUUCCGCCUGCUGCAGUUCCACUACGGCGAGGAGUCGUGCUCGCUGCCGCUGUACACCGUGGCGGCCAAGGGGCGGUACCGGGCGCGCGGCCGGUCGUGGCUCACGCCCGCCGCCACCGAGGCCGAGUACACGCUGACGCGCGUUACGGUGACGGCCCAGAGCGCCGAGGUGGCGGAGGAGCUGGCCGCGCGGGUGAACGCCGCCUGCCCGGGGCAGGUCCGCCGCCGCUGGAAGCCGUACCGGGAGUACGUGGUGCUGAGCAUCAGCGAGGACGACGCCGACGACGCCGACGUGCAGUCGCCGCGCAACAACCUGCCGCCCAGCGAGUCGCACGGCCCCGGCCAGGGCAGGGGCCUCGGCAGGGCCCUCGGCAGGGCGCGGUCCGUGAGGCUCAUGUCCACCACGGACGUGGACUGCCUGUCGGCGCUGCACGCCGCCUUCCACGAGCUGCAGUUGGUGCGGACGCAGCGGCGCCCCCAAGGCCCGCAGCCUCGCGCCGCCCCGGCCGCCCCCAGGACGGGGGCACCCGCCCGCCACGAGCUGCUGCUCGGGGACGUCCACUCGCGGCCGGACCAGCGCGGCAGCUACCGGCCCACGGCCUUCCAAGUGCCUCUUCUCAAAGCUGACCAGGCUCACGGCUGCCACGUCUGCCACGCCGUGGCGCGCGCCUCGGAGCGCUCGCCGCCCAACCUGCACGUCAAGCCGCGGCUGCCGCCCUACCUGGGCGGCGACUGGGUGAGCAGCCGCUGCGAGACGCGGCCCCUGGGGCUGUUCCUGCGCCGCCGGCUGCGGGUGCGCGCGGGGGCGGGGUCGCUGGAGGGCUGGCACGCGUGGCAGGGCGAGUACGAGUUCUACUCGGACCCCCUGUGCACCAUGCCCACCUUCACGGCCACCGAGGCGGGCCGCUACACCGUGGGCGGGCUCAGCACGCAGGUCCUUGGCGCCCUGCAGGCGGACUUCCACGUGGAGCGCGCCGCCCUCACCGUCCUGGACGCCGACCUGGUGGCGAGCCUGCAGGCGGACCCGCUCUGCGGCGGCGGCCUCGGCUUCGGGGAAUGGCGUGUCGGAGUGCCCCGCGACCUCACCGCGGCGCACGGCUGCGCGUCCCUCGGGCUGGUGGUGCCCGCCAUCCGCUACGAGCUGGUUCGCGUCGACGUGGACACCUGGGGGCAGUCCCUGCUGUACCUGGGCCAACCCGACACGGAGAACAGGCGCGGGGGGCCGUCGGAGAGGCCCACAGCCUACCAGCCGCCCCUGGUGCGGUGUAGGGGGCUGCCCCCGCCUGUCCACGCCCUGCCGGCCCUGGACGCCCUGGCCGUGGAGGAGGACGACAUCGCCAACGGGCUGGCCGACGACCGGGACUACUCGGUGUCCGCCGCCAGGGGGAGCCACUGCGCGGCCUCCAGACUCGUCGCCGCGGGCCUCACCGUCUGGCUGGCGCUGCUGAGAAGGAUGUCGCGAGUGUAGAUGAUGUUAUCUGUGAUUUAUUGAGUGUGUGUUUCAGUGAGAGUGUGCAGUGGAGUGAAUGAUUGUGUGUGUGUGUUUGUUUGUGUGUGUGUGUGUGCGGGCGGGCGCGCAUGUGUGUAUGUGUGUAUUUUAGUGAAGUAUAAUUCUACUUCUGCCCAGGGAAAUUGUCUGAUCAGUCAAACUUUGAUUUAAGUCGUCAGUGUGCCAUAUAUUUGUGCCACUAACUGUGGAGAAACUCCUGUUAUGCUUACCUUAAGUAAAUGUUUAUGUAGAUUAUUAUCAUAGAACAGCCUUGUUGUCCUGAUGAACUUUAAAUCUGUUGAUGGAUCCAGCAGGUCCUGAAACUAUGGAGCAACCCCCUGUACAGUAGCUUCUCUUUUUGCCAUACUGAUGGUGGGUCUUUUCAGACCUUUGAAAUAAGGGAGUACUCUAUGUAAAUUGUUGUAAUUUCAGUUCACUAUAACUGAUUUGAUCAUUCAGAUCUUUCCAGAGGAAGCCCCUUUUACUAGUGAACCUUAAAAAAGGUAGUGUGAACCCUGUAAUUUGUUUUAAUUAAGGCAUCACAACUGAUCUGAUCAUUCAGAUCUUUCUGGAGGAAACCCCUGUACUGAAUCUGUAAAAAGGGAGUAAAUCCUGACUUAGUUUACUUAAUUAAGGUUUAUCGCAAUUGAUCUGAAAGUUAAGAUCUUGUGGGAGGAAACCCCUGUACUGAAUUUGUUCUUGUUAUGUUGUCUAAAAUAAUGUAGGUCCAUAGUUUUCUGUCACUAUAGAUGAGAUGUUCAACACAUCUGUUUGGAGUAAAUUCCUGUAAGAAACAUUUUUAUAUCGUAGCGUUGAAAGACACAGAUCUUUCCUAUUUUUGUAACUUUUUUUGUUGAAUCUUUAAUCGACCAUUAUAUUUCAUAUUUCAUCCAUCCUUCUAUUUUCAUGUAGAAGAGCCGAGGGAAGCGUACUAGUGAACAUUUUCUUCUUGUUACCUACAAGAUUCAUUUCAUUUUUUAAUAUCAUAUUAGGUUAAAUAAAUUAUAUCUGUUAGCAUAGAAUUGUAAGAUGUCAUCCACUCUUAUAUUUUAAUGUAGGACAUCCAAGAAACCCAAACCACCGGUAUAUGGCACAUUUCAUUUCUCAAUCUACUCUUUUCGUUCAUUUUUAAUUUUUUGUUCCAUUACCUUCUAAGUUAGUACCUGAACGAGCGCCUACUUUCCUACUUAAAAACUUGCAAUGGGUAAUUCAUGAUUUAAUUGAACAAACUCACCAGUGAUUUAUUGUACAUAUUGCAUAAUUUUUAGCUUCUGUAACAUAUAGUUGAAGUGUUUAAAAUGUAAAUAGUAGAUACAAUGUGUCUAACUCUGAGUCUGCAUCAUACUUUUGUAAAGGAAUUAUUGUUUCUUCUUUGUAAGAACGACAUAGUCAUUUCUGUGAAUUUAUUCAAGUAAAUGAUGUUAAAUAUUUAGCUUUAAACCCAUGAUUAUAAUGGGUAGGGAUGAACCAUAACCAGUGAUUUGUACAUUUCUCUAUUUUUAUACAUGUUAUUUAUUGAAUAAAAUUAUGAACUGUUACAAUA